GUAGUAAGUGAACGUGAUUGGUCCGUCUGUCUGGGAACCUGCUACUGCUUUUCCUCCGAGACAGCGAUCGUGGUGCGAGAGCCCCUCAGCAGAAGGAUCAAAGUACAACAAACUCCCGCUGGUCAGAUACAAACGGCCGUUCAGGAACCGAAACCAGUCGCGAUGUUAAUUGCGAAGUCACUCUGUUUGAAAAGAUAACAGACCGGACAGCAGCUGUUUGAAAAAAGUUGGCUUACUGGCUGCUUGGAGACUGCCAAACGCAUAAACCACACGUGGAUCAAGUCGCUGAAACGGAGACCUGCUCCUGGCUGCCCUGAGAGAUGAGUUCCAAGUCCACUAUCAACAAGGAGGUGUUUACGCCCAACGAUGAGAAGAUGCUUGCAGCUGUGCAAGUGAAGCGGCGCACCAAGAAGAAAAUCCCCUUCUUGGCCACUGGUGGCCAGGGAGACUACAUGACCUUCAUCUGCCUCUCAGUUACGAAUAGGAAGCCAUCCCAGUUGUCCAUUACCAAAGUCAAGCAGUUCGUGGGCUCCUCUGCCUUCACCAAGAGGUCAAUGUGGACCAUAGACCAGCUACAGCAAAUCAACGGCAUCGACCCCAACAGAGACUGUCCUGAGUUUGACUUGACGUUCGACAACGCCUUCGACCAGUGGGCCGCCAGCUCGGCAGGGGAGAAGUGCACCUUCGUCCAGAUCCUCCAUCACACCUGUCAGCGCUACACACCCAACAAGAAACCCGAGUUCGUCAACUGUCAGGCCAAACUGAUGGGAGAGGACCAGGAUGUAGUUGUUCGUUGCAGGGUCUUUUUGAGCAAGAUGAGGAAAGAGUUGGUUGUCCAACAUGGGCAUCUACGCAGACAAGGUAACAGCAUACUGCACACAGCGGCUGACAGCGUGACCAGUGCGGUUCAGAAGGCCAGCCAGGCCCUGAAUGAGCGCGGCGAGCGUCUGGGCCGCGCCGAAGACAAGACCGCCGACAUGAUGAACAGCUCCGAGCAGUUCGCCAUCACGGCUCACAAACUUGCCAUGAAGCACAAGUGUUAGACCAGUGCCAAACCCAGCUCGCAGGAUGCUUGGAGAACAGCCGCUAGCCUGUCACCACAGAACGGAUGGAACUCAGAUUGUAUUGUUUUUAAUCUUCUUUUUAUAUGUAUAUUUGCGGAUUUGUUAACAGGUAACACAUAAUUAUUUAAUACCGGCACAUCUUGACGAGGAUGGACACAGCGAGCUGGCUGAAGUGAAACAGAGAAAGAAUAUAUAUAUAUAUAUAUAUAUAUAUAUAUAUAUAUAUAUAUAUAUUUCUUGCGAUUUCUUACUUUAAAAAAGACGUGACAAGCCGAGACAACGAUGUUGCGACGAGCCGAAACAAAAGUUCUCUUUGUGUCGUUGUGUGGUGUGGCCGACCUCCUCCUCACCAUCACAGGCCAUCAUUAGUGUCCUCCCUUUAUAAAUUACUCAAAGGAUUCCUCACACUGGUUGUUCAUGUCUUCUGCUGUUCAUUUUUAUUUUUGGGAAUACAUUACAUUAUGUUAAGAGCCCUCUUUGUUGUGGCUCUUUGACCAAUGUGUUUGCGUGUGCAAGUAUGUGCGUGAGUGUGUGUGUGUGUGUGUAAAGGGAUCGAGAAGCAAGGCAUCUACUGGAGAUGACUAGUGUACAACUAGACGGGCACAUUGAUGGACAGAAAACACAACAUCGCCUGCUUCAAACGUACGCUUGAGACGACGGAUGAAAUCCCUUGCAAACUAAACGCUGCUUUGACAGUUGAGUGGUGUCCGCUGUGGUUUUCCGAUGUACGGUUUUCAAAGGGCCCACGUUGGCGGCCCUUACUUUAGUGUCUACACAUGUUUCAAGCACUUGAGUAUUAGCCAGAAACGCAAUGAACACUUUGUAUUCGGAUUCGCUUCUGUGAUUCAAGCAUGCAAGAACGGCGGAGAUUCAGUGCUCUUAUUUUACAAAUAAUACAGAAAAAUACAUUUGUUAAAGCCAUGUUGUACUCUUUUCAUCUGAAUAAGCUUUGGAAGGUCUUAUAAUUCACAGGUCAAAAGGGAGAAAAAAACCAUACAGUAGCAAUGUACACCAGCUUCAGCAUUGUAUAAAAGCAUACAUGUAAUUCCUGCACACUGUGUUCAGUGUUACUCGAGCAGAUUUGUCCUGUGAACUUGUGAUACUCCCUGGCUGUGUUUAAACUAUGAUCAUAAGCUUAUCUUGUAUCAUAUUUGUUUUAUUUUGUUGACAUGUCUUGGUUACUCGUGAAGAUAUGACUACGUAUAUGUAUAUACUGAAGAAAUUACUCACACAUUGACAGUGUCCCCAAUGACAGCAGUAACAGCAUCAAUGUGUACUAGUGAGUUUGAACCUCGUAACUGGCUUAGGGUUAGGGUUAGGUUGUAUUUAUGAUUGUUCUUAUGAAUGUUACACUCUCACGAUGCGCACUGGCAUUGUCCUCCUUGCUGAUCACUUGUUGACGAGUUCAAGGUGAAAAACAUCUACUGUGGACUCUUAGUCUGCUGUCUUAAUGAAUUAAUUUUUUGGCUUACUUACUGGUCUGCUCAUACUUCAACCUAACACUUUGGAUGUUUGUUGUUUUAAUAAAAACAAAGAGGAGACAUUAAACUGGA